GUCCCCUAUCCUUCAUUUAGCCCGUCGGUCUCACUUUUAUCCCCAAUUUCUAUUUCAGCCCCCGAUUCUAGGGUUUUCCUCCAUCUUCCCCCACCCUCUCCACUCACUCCGAUACUUUCCAUGACAAAAGGGAAGCUUAUAUUGAUUUGCCAGUCUAGUGGCGAGUUUAUUACCAAUGAUGAUGGGACCUUAUCAUACGAGGGAGGAGAGGCAAAUGCUGUGAAUAUAAAUCAAGAUACUUCUUUUGAAGAUCUGAUAAUAAAAUUGGCUGAAAUGUCUAAUUUAGAUCACCGAACAAUUUCGAUCAAGUACUUUCUCCCAGGAAACAGGAGGAAUCUCAUCACUUUGAGAAAUGACAAAGACUUGAAAAGAAUGAUUGAUUUCCACGGGCAUUCAGUGACUGCUGAUGUUUUUGUCAAUGGUAAAGAAGGAUUUGACCGUGAUGCCAUCAAAAUACAUGCUAGCAGGGAAAAUGUUGUAAAACUGGCAGAGACUGUGAAUCAUGUUGGCGCACCCUCAACUGCUCUCAAUACAGUUGCCCUUGAUGUUGAACCUCUCUCUGCUCAUGCUAUUGCUGAACUUGAUGCUUAUGCUCCUCUUCAUGCUCUUUCUGGUUCGGCAGCAGCAUCUGAUGCGGACGGCGCGGAUGGCUCAAGCGGCAGUCAUGCAUCGACUGCCUCAUCUCCAUCUUCUGAACAUGAGUCUGAUUUUGAUUCUGAUUAUAAGCCACGUGUUUCGGUUGCUUUUGACAUAAAUUCUCCAAGCCCAACUGGCUUUGAUACAAGUAAUAGCCCAGCAGAUGCAGUUAAAAAGCGUAGGCGCACUGCCUCGUGGAGGAGUGGUGCACGCGGUCCCACUGUGGUUGCAGUUAGUGAUGAUAAUGACGUAGAAAGAAAAUCGCGGAGAAAGAAGAACCAAAAUAAAAGUACUGUUGCUGUAAAUGAUGAUAGUGUCUCAGCUAUUGCUUUCUAUGAUGAUGAUUUGCCAGAGAAAGUAGUUGCUGAAUGGAAAGAGUGUAUUACUGGUGUGGGGCAGGAUUUCAAAAGUGUGAAAGAAUUUCGGGAGGCACUGCAGAAGUAUGCUGUUGCUCACCGCUUUGUUUACAAAUUGAAAAAGAAUGACGCUAACCGUGCAAGUGGCAUAUGUAUUGCUGAGGGCUGUUCUUGGAAAAUUCAUGCAUCUUGGGUUCCUGCUGAUGAGUCAUUUAGGAUAAAAAAGUUUGACAAUACACAUACGUGUGGAGGGGAAUCUUGGAAGAAUGCUCAUCCAUCCAAGAAUUGGUUGGUAAAUGUUAUAAAGGACAAAUUACGAAAUUCCCCACAUCAGAAACCCAGGGAAAUUGCUAAGAGCAUUUCAAGGGACUUUGGAAUUGAAUUGAGUUACACACAAGUUUGGCGUGGAAUUGAGUAUGCCAGGGAGCACCUUCAGGGUUCAUAUAAAGAGUCAUACAAUCGUUUGCCUUGGAUCUGCGAGAAGGUGAUCGAGACAAAUCCUGGUAGUUUCGCCAAGCUGAUAACUGAUGACGAGAAAAGACUUAAAUGCCUUUUCAUCUCAUUUCUUUCCUGUAUAAAUGGUUUCCAGAAUGGUUGCCGUCCCAUUCUAUUUCUUGAUGCGACUUCUCUGAGAUCGAAGCACCAAGAAAGUUUGUUAACAGCUACUGCAGUUGAUGCAGAUGACGGUUCCUUCCCUGUUGCAUUUGCAAUAGUCAAUGUUGAAAAUGAUGAUAACUGGCAUUGGUUUCUGGAGCAACUAAAAUGUGCAAUAUCAACAUCACAACCCCUAACUUUUGUCUCAGAUAGAGAGAUGGGAUUAAAAGAGUCAGUGCUAAAGGUAUUUGAGAAUGCUCAUCAUGGUUAUUCCAUGUACCACCUUGUAGAAAGUUUCAGGAGAAACUCGAAGGGGCCAUUCAAUGGGGAAGGGCGAGGUGCUUUGCCUGGACUGUUUCUAGCUGCUGGACAUGCUGCUCGACUCAAUGUUUUCAAAAAGUUCACCGAGCAGAUUAGAGAGAUUUCUCCAAAUGCAUAUGACUGGGUUAUUCAAAUUGAGCCUGAGCAGUGGACAAGUUCGCUAUUUAAAGGUGAACCAUAUAACCAUAUCAUACAAAAUGUAGCAGAACCAUAUGCUAAGCUGAUGGAGGAAAUACGGGAAUCAACUAUAAUGCAGAAGAUAGAAAGCCUAAUAUACACGGUGAGUGAAUUGAUAAAUACUCGUCAAUCAGAGUCAAGUAAAUGGACUACAAAACUCACUCCAUCCAAAGAGAAAAAGAUCCAGGACGAAGCCUUUAAAGCAGAAAAUCUUCAAGUGUUUAUGGCAUCAGAUAUUCUAUAUGAGGUUCACGACGAAUCUACUCAUGUAGUGAAUAUCGAGAAACGGGAUUGUACUUGCCUAGAAUGGAAAGAUUGUGGGUUACCAUGUCGACAUGCUAUUGCUUCCUUCAACAUUAGUGGGAAGAGUGUGUACGAUUAUUGUCCAAGACACUUCAGUGUUGAUGCUUACAAGUCGACAUAUUCAGAGUCCAUAAACAAUAUUCCUGAAAUUGGUGCACCAGUGGGAACCGAAGAGACUGAUUCUGACGCCAUGCUUGUGCUUCCUCCUCCCCCUCGAUCACCAGAUCAACAACACAAGGCGAAGAUCAAAAUUGAGGAUCCAGAUAAGAGGACAGUCACUUGUUCGAAGUGCAAGCAACUCGGGCAUAACAAAGCAUCAUGCAAGUCCAAUUUGUAGGUUUGUUUGAUUUAGCAGCUUGGAUGUUGGCAUGUGAGGGCAGACUUAAAUUAUCAGGAACUGUUUUAAUUUAUGAUUACUGCAGCUGUAAUGGUACUGUUAAGUUUCCAAAUAGUUGUGUUUAGUGAGCUAUGUUUAGUUGUUUAUUGUGCCUUUGUUUCGUAGAAAUUUUUUAAUAAUAGAUUUUGUGAAAAGUAAUUUCCUUUGGA